AUGGAAUUUCUCUCUCAGACAUACAUUGCCCUUCGGGGCCCAACCGGAGCCCCUCAGUCCCCAGCAGAUACCAUUGGCCGUCUCGCAGACCGUUUGUCACCUUCCACUCUCCUCGCAGAUCGUCGCGCAGCCGUCCUUACCCUCAAGGGUCUUUCUCGUGACCACGGAGCAGACAUUGGCGAGCGUGCUCUUCUUGGACUGAUAGACGUACUGCAGAAUGAUGCAGAGAUUGAUGCAGAUAUCGGCAAAGCUGUCCUUGAGACCCUCAAUAUCUUGUGUGAGGUGGACUACAAUGCUGGAGCUCAAGCGCAAGCCCGCGAGAUUGGUUUCAAGCACACGGAUGUUGUCUUAGCUGACGAGAAAGUAGCUCACAAACUCUUCGCUCUUCUGGGCGACCAAUCGUUCUACCUUCGUCUCUCUGUGCUUCAGUUCUUGUCCACUCUCUUGCAGAACCGGCCACAAGUAGUGCAGGGCUACUUCUUGAAAGCACCUGUCGGUCCUACCAGUUUUGUUGCCGUACUGGAAGAAAAAAGGGAGAUUAUUCGGCACGAAGCGAUCUUCGUUCUCCAGUCCCUCAUAUCUCAAAGCCCGGAAAUCCAGAAGAUACUGGCAUUCGAGGGAGCAUUUGAACGACUUUUCAACAUCGUGGCAACAGAAGGUGGGAUCGAGGGUGGAACAGUGGUCCACGAAGCACUAGCGUGCAUCGACGGAUUGUUGAGGUUCAACCAAUCCAACCAGAGCUAUCUCCGUGCAACAUCACUUCCUCCUCUCCUUCUAUCCCUCCUUGGCUUCCCUCCAAAUCUUCCACACGAUGCUCCCCCGCCACAGGGCUUUGCCCUCCAGCUAUGGGAUGACGCGAAGAAACGUCCCAACGCAAUCCUCGUGGUUGCCAUUAUUGGCCUGCUUGCAAAGGGUAGCAGUAGUUCGCAAGACCCGCUUACCUUUCCCUUCAAUCGAUGUCUUCUUGAGCUCGGAUUAGCUUCCAAUGCUCCUACAUCGGUGAAGGCCGCAGCUCUCCGCCGCCUUCCUUCAAAUUUAUCCAGCCUGCCGCUCGCACAGAUGACUGUUACGCCGUACAUGCCUGUGCCCGAUACGAAUGGCGAAGAGUGGGACCGUCUCGAACCUUCGUCGGCGUUAGAUGUGCUAGUUGAACUUGUCCUUCACGGAGAAUACAAUGGCAUGCUCGAAGGAGAGCGCCGUUCGAAGAUCGGCAUGGAACUUAGAGGCGUCGCGCUGGGAGUGUUCCAGAACUUCGUACAAAAUGAAGAGAUUGCGGAGGCAAUUGUGGGGGCGAUGGUAACACCGCAAGGCUCUGCACAAGCAGCACCAGUGACUCCUCUCCUUUAUGCGCUGAUCGCGCCACCUAGUUCACCGCUCAAUAUACCUGCAGUGACUUCCACGCAUCUCGCCGCACUCCUGUUCUCCCAUCUACUCCGUGCAUCUCCGCGCGCAAAAGCCGUCGCACGCUCUAUCGUUCCUCCUACUGCCUCAUCCCAGUCUGCGCAAGCAUCCAGUUUCUUUGUUCCAGCAGACGGCGGUCCCCCUCCUGCGGAUACACACGAAGAGGCCGCGGACGUUGAUGAGCCGCAGACGCUCCUGCAAAUUCUCAGCGAGCAUCUCUCGCUGGCGUUCCUAGCUCGUGGACGCCCGGAUACCCCAGAUCGGGAGGCACGGGAGUGGGACAGGUUACUGGUUGGCUAUCUGACUUUACUGGUACAAUGGUUGUGGGAAGACCCUCGCGCCGUGCGAGAGUUUCUAGAGGCCGGUGCGCUGAGCGUGCUGGUUGAGCCAAUCAACCAGACAACAGACACCGACGCUGUCAUCCCAGGCCUUUGCGUAUUCUUACUCGGCGUAUGUUACGAGUUCAACCGCGAACCAGGAGAGAUCACCCGAACUACGAUAUACCCCAUUCUUACUCGCCUCGGCGUGGAUAUGCUCGUAGGGCGUAUUACACACCUACGGGACGACGUCCGGUUCAAGGCCGUCGGACCCGACGUGCUCGUCCUUCCGUCGCCAAAUGUCCCGCAUCUUCGUCCGCCCCCGGGUCCCACAGGGAAACCCGAGGUCGGAGAAGCCGAGAUCUGGUUCGACUGGGCAUUUGUCGACUUCUGGAAAUCCAAUUACUAUACGGUGCAGAAGGGGAUCGCAGCGGACCCGAAGUCACUGUCCUCUGCCGCCGGACAAGGCGCUGAGACCGCGAUGCUGGUCGCCUCUUUGCGGGACGUCAUUCGGAACCAGGCGACAGAGAUCGAGGCAUUGCGCACGCAGCUGAAGGGACUCUCUCCCGCGGCACCGCCAACAAAUGAUCGCGAGGAGCUACUGGCCGAGAUCUCGUCACUGAAAGAGGCGGUGCAGGUCGCGGAGGAUAAGAGACGGGAGGGUGAGAAGGAGCAGGAGGACCUCCUGGUGCUGCUCGACGAGCUGAACAGCAAGCGCCGCAGAGAUAAGGUGCGCAUGCGUGAGGCUGGGAUGGAAGUGUCGGAGGAUGAGGAUGAGGGCGAGGGCGCAGGGGAUGAAGAGGAGGACGAGUGA